AUGACGCCACAUGACAUGUUCUCAUCGGCAGACGACCCAGAUGAUGACUGGACUGACUCGGAGCCGGACACGGGUGUGCCUCAUGUCGCUGCGAUGUCCACGCAUUUUCCCGACGCUCGCGCCCACUCGCGCGACACGCGGGAUACUCAUGGUCCAUCGGAGCGCUCGUUCUUGUCGGAGUACGAGCGGCGCAAUUACGACAGCCAAACGUUGGUCGAUGACGUGCAGGAUGCAUACCCUACACCGAUACGACGGGUUCCCCUUCCGACGGUCUCGGACGAGCAGGAUGUCGACGCACCCAAGACAGUGCCAUCGGCGCCUCGUGUGAGGACAGCAAUGCAGGAGGCCAUGAGCGGCGAGACAAAGCAUGUGCCUGUUGAAGAAGAAGAAGAAGUGCCCGUGGUCCAUGCGACAGCUUCGGCGAUGGAGCGACUAGUUGACUCAUCGCCUGAGGAGCCCAUACCCCCAGUCCACGACCGCGUGACGCAAGAGCCACCCGAGCGCGAGCACCGCCAUCAGCAUCCGAUGCAUCGGAAAAAAGGCAAGAGCACCGACGCGGCUCAUGGUCUCGGUUCCGAUGGCGAAGCAAUGAAGAAAAAGAAAAAGAAGAAGAAAGACCAAGAUGGCGACAAGCGCGAGCCCAGCCGCAGACGGAAGAAGCGCUUCGAUGAUACAGUAGCGCAUGAUCUUGAGCCUGAAUCCGCUGUACAGGACGACCCAUUGUAUGAUCCGCUGAUCGAUCCUAUGCCGCCGGCGACCAUGCUCAUUAAUGCUGAGCGGUUUGAUCUUGACGCCGAUCAGAACAAUACAUCAGCUGCCCAUCGUGUGCGUGAGGACCUUGAAGUUGCCGCACGAACGAAACAUGAGGAGGUGGCGGCACCAGCGCCGCUAUUUACCAUUACGUCGCCCAAGCCGACAGUGGCGAGGGCCGGGACCGCCGAUGCUCCCGGACAAAACAUGGCCAUGGAAAAUGGCGCCGACCAUCCUGCGCCCAGCUCACCCACACACUCGUUGGCGCUCACAGAACGGACGCGCCAUGUCUCGCCGGCGAAGGGCAUGGCCGCCACGAAUCCGGCGUUGAAACAAGAGCGUGCUAGAAUGCAUGUGUUCAACUAUAACGCAACGCGUUUAGCUGUUAACGUGUAUAUCCUCUACUGGGGCAUGUUUGCCACAUUGCGGAGACUGUGGCGCUGGGAGAAUCCUUGGGUCACCGCUGGCAUUGCGGCACUGUACCUGGUGAUCUGGUGGCGUGGUGAUCUGCUAGCCGUGUUUUUCCUUGCUGCCUUCCUGUAUGUUGCCACGUUCCGUAUCUGGCAAAUGCCAGCCAUGGGCGGCGAACAGGAGCGUAGCGCGGCCAGCAUGCCAGCCUCAGCCAACACAAGCACACAUGCUGGAGCGUCCUUCAGUCAUCCCAGUGAGUCAUCUGCGCAAGCGAUCACACGUCGCGGUACAGAGGCACUAGGCCUCGUGACGUUGGCCCCGUCGCGCGAAACGCUCCAGCAGGUUGGUGACCAAGUACUAGUUGUUGCACAUGGCCUCGCCGACAUGCAUGAGCGCCUCAAGAACCUGAUGCUUUGGCGCAGUCCUCUCAUUACGCUCCGUUAUUUGGGCUGGCUCCUUCUCUUUGCACUCCUGAGCAUGCAGGCAACGACAUGGAUGCUGAUGCGCCUCCCAGGAGCGUUAGUGUUUGUACUCCUGUUUAUUCUGGCGCCAAUUGUCGAGUAUGGUCACUUGCACCGACUGUUGCAUGUACUCAGUGAAUUAAGCGGAGCGCCUCCGCCCGAUCCGAAAAUGCCACAUGCUGCUACCCGUACCGUGCUGGAUAGUGUUUUGGCCGGUGUGCCUACGGACGAAGAGUACUUGCAUGAAAAGCUCGCACGCACUCACUGGGAGGCCGAGCGUGAGCUUCGGAGGCUUGGCGAAUGGGUCGACUCGAACAGGAUUGUGGAGGAACAAGACGAUGACGUCAGUUUGUCGCGCCGCAAGACCAAGGGCAAAAGCCACCACCAUGUGCCCCGCGUCUCGAAGCAAAUGUGGUCAAAUGUGAAUGCGGACGACCUUCCAACACAAUCAAAGGAGUUCGGUGCACAUACGCGUGGACAUGCGCACGGACCUUCGUCGGAGUAUGACCUGCCGAUCUCGAGCACUAGCCCUGUCGCGCCCUCGACGAUGCGCCGUCACUUGCGAGAUUCGUCCAGGUCCGAUGGUCUUCUGAGUGACGAGCGGAAUCGAUUGCUCGAAGUCGAAAGCAUGUCGGACUAUGGAUCGCAGGCUGGCAUGAUGACGACGAUGGAGGCCGACACUGAGCCUGCGACGACGUGGAAAGAAGGCACCCAAUUUCGCCACCGAGCGACCAAGCCGACCAUCGACGCAGCUGCGGACACGCCGUUCCCUCCUAAUUUGCCACGCAACACACCUCGUGCAAACGGCAUGAAUGGCAACCAGUCAUUGUUGUUUGCGACUCCUGUGACAGACUCGGAUCUGCCCACGCCGCAGGCGCGUAGCAUCAAUGUUGAAAACAGUGCGCUUCGAAACGGCACUAACAGCAUCGAUGCAGACGGCGGGCUUGAUGCUGGCCCAAGUUCGGCGAAUGGGCCUGCUGCAGAGCCCCAGGACCUUGAGCGAGCAUCCCACGCACCAGCGGCAGCUCCGCUACCUACACCGACAAGUACAAAAGCCGCAGUGCCCCCCACUCAAGCAGCCCCCGUUGCGCCCGUCCUGCCGGCGACUGACACCAUACCCACCGGCGAUAUCGCGUCGUUCUCUCAUGCAUCGUCCGCAGGCGUUGGCAGUGUGCCUACUUCGAAUCAUCCCGGCAACACGAGUGGGCCUACACUGCUGCCAUCGCAGAUGAGCAAGACGCACUCCGACUCAUCCCAGAACUCAUCGUUCCCAGUUCUGAAUCGACCCAACACCCCGUUCAUACCGGCUCGAUCAGAGUCGCUGCAGACAUAUGAGAAUGAGCGGCAGCAGCGCCUGAAAAACUGGGCCAUGUCGCCGCCUGUGCCAACUGAGAUAAUGAACUUAGUCAGCUCGCCGACUGUGGCAUCGCGACCAAUAUCGUCGCUCACUCGCGACCUUGACAUGGGUCAUGGCCUGCACUUGGCCGUCUUUCGUAAGCGACUCGGCCACCUGAUCGUGCUGCCGACGCGCGUCGUGUUCCUGCUCUCUUAUACGCCGCACCGACUCCCAGAAACAGCUCAGGGUCUCACGUCAGAUGAAGAAGAUGAGCUGACACACGCAGUCGACGGCCGCCUCUUCUAUCCCAUGAUGUCCCCGACGCUCAUCAAAGACAUGGUUGAGCUAGAAAUGGAUGGCCAAGGCCUGACAGACUUUCAGAUCGCCAGUGUGCCAUUGGCACGUGUCCCGAAACAAAAUGAUAUCUUAUUCGAAGUGCCUGUUUCUCAGAUCACCGGCCUCAAGAAACUGCGCAAGUCCACACCUAUUUUGGAAAACUGCACAGAGGGCUUGGAAAUCGUCUUGAGCGAGAGCGAAAAAGGAUUAAGCCUGCCGGCCGUAAUCGACCGAGAUCUGGCAUUCCAACGCAUCCUUACGCUUGAUCCACAGCGCUGGGCUGCUUAA